GUAUCUCGGCAUGUCGAUCGACAGGCGGUGGAUGACAUACGACACGAGGGCAAGUUCGAAGUAGCAUUUACGCGAUUGUGGUUUCUCGAGGACAGAAAAAUGCGUUGGAUCCUGUUGUUGACAUUAGUGCGUGCAAUAUGGUGCGCGCACGGCGCCUGCGAGCCGAUCAGGAGGAUGUGCCGCGGUCUCGGCUACAACGUCACCGUCAUGCCGAAUCUAGUCGGUCACGAGAUCCAAGGCGACGCCGAUUUCACUUUACAGACAUUUAGCCCGCUCAUUCAGUACGGAUGCAGCGCGCAAUUGCAUCUAUUUCUGUGUUCGGUAUAUGCACCAAUGUGUACCGAAAAGGUUCCCGCACCCAUCGGACCUUGCCGAGGUCUAUGCGAGCAAGUGCGAGCCCGUUGUUUUCCGGUGCUUCAGGGUUUCGGCUUCCCUUGGCCUGCUGCGUUAAAUUGCUCCAAAUUUCCACCGGAAAAUAAUCAUCAACACAUGUGUAUGGAAGGACCGGGUGAACCAGGCCCAGCUAAUCCUAUCCAGGCGGUGAGCGCCGGCAAUGGACCCUGGGGCUGUUCUUGGUACGCCAAAUCUGGAUUAUACAUCUUCCUAAAUCGUUCCGGGAGAUGUGCCGCCGCUUGCGACGCCGACAUUCUCUGGUCCCAAAAGGACAAGGGACUCACAGAAGCUUGGAUGGCUGUAUUCUCGACGGUAUGCCUCGUCUCCGUCGUGAUAGCCAUCUUAACACUUCUAAAGCCGCGAAAACAACCUAUACUGACCACUGUAGCAGAACGUGCUAUAAUCUUCUUGACGGUCUGCCAUACGGUGAUUGCGAUCGGUUACGUGAUUCGAUUGGCCGCUGGCCGGUUGAACGUCGCAUGCACCCCCGCGAUUCCACUGCAUCCGCAGGAACAAAUCGUCCUGACCCAACAGCAACAGCAGCAACAGUAUCUCACGCAGGACGGUUUAGCCAAUCCUUACUGCGCCGUCGUCUUUCUAUUGCUCUAUUAUUUUGGAAACACUGCGAUUGUUUGGUGAGUCUUUACAUCUUCGCCUUAUAUAUAUAUAUUUUUUUGAUUAACCAUACGUAGGCUACUGUUUGAGAUGACAAAUCUUAUCUUGAGAUCUUUGAAUUCGCCGCAUCUAUAAAUAAACGCAAGGUGUUUUUGUUUUUAUUUUUUCUUUUUGGCGUUGCUUCAAUUGGCGAAGGUAGGAAUUUUGCGGCAGGCUUUCCCCCAUUGCCUCGAUUUUAAUUACGUACAGAUGUGAGACUCGUAUAACAUGUUUCAAAGUUGUCGGUUGUUUCGGAGCGCCUUGUUGCACUCUCGGCAAGGCUGCAUCCUCAUCCGAGGUAGGGAUAACAAUCUGGCAACAGUGUUGACUCCCCUCGUGCCGCUAACGAGCCUCUGACUCCCAUCUCGUCCCAUCCCAUCUCAUCCCGUUUAUGCUGAGAGGCUCAUCUUAACUCGUCUAACGGGUGGCAGGAAGUAAAAAAAUCGUACGUCCACCCGCGUUUUAAAUCCAUCGUGUUUGUACAAAAUAGAUUUAUGCCUCGUUAGAUUUACAUGUCGAUAAAGAUCUCGAUAAAUCUUAUGGAAAGUAUCUCUCUAACGCGACACGAACAUGUAUUUUUUACUUGAAGAUGAUAUCUUAUGAGAUCUUUAAAUUGGAGUAUUUGUGCUGUAAGAAAACAGUUUUGUGUGUGUGUGUGUGCAAAUGAUUAUUCCUCAAUUAUUUACGUUUACAUCGAAUCAUUGGUAAUUUUGUAAAUUCGAUUCGAGGAUUUUUCAUCUAUCUAUGUGUUAUUGGCACUUGGGGUUUUGUUCAAUUCUUCCCUUUCUAUA